GUUGGUGCCGUUAGCUUUCUUAUAAGUUGUUCUGCUAAAACUUAAAAUGGUUUUACUAUAGGUUGUUGGCAUUUCGGACGUGUCACGUUUGGGUCUCAUACAGUCAAAGCUUGCUGCCGGUACAAGAAUUGCUCAAGGAGGAAGUAUCCGCAUAACCACUCAUGAAGAGUGGCCUGUACAAGUUGAUGGCGAACCACACAUUCAACCACCUGGCACAAUAACUAUCCUCAAAUCAGCACUGAAGGCGCAAAUGCUGAAGAAGGCGAAGAAAAGUCGCCGUGGCGCGACCUCGACACAAGUACGAGCGGUGGCCAGCGAGGGCUCCCCGUAUGGUCCAUUGGGUGUGCCGUCAUCUUUGGAUGCAGCUCACGGCAAAUCCACGCCUGAAGCGCUCGGCGACUCCGAUGAAGAGGGCGAUGCCUUUCUUUGA